AUGUCCGACGUCCCCGAUGUUGAAGGUAAGACGGGGGAGGACUUGAGGGAAAACGAGCGGUGUGGUGCCAAACCCGAAGCGGCAGGGGGUGGGAGGGAAUUUGAGGAUGCGUUAGAGGCAGAGGCACAGGCAAAACUAGAACGCGACAUCAACCGUGAUGGCGAGCACGGGGAAUUCGAGGCGGAGGGAUCGAGCAGUGUCCCCAAAGGGUGGCGAUUGCGAAAUUUGAACGGGAGGUGGGGUGUUACCUUGGCCAUUCCCCUGUACGCACGAACCAGUAGUGCCAUGAGCUUUAUGUUUGGAUAG